UUGUUGCUGCACAGUCUUUUCAUUGGUUUUCGACAAAGACAUCAUUGGAUGAAAUGCAUCGUGUCCUUACUGAACAUGGAAAUGUUGUUUUACUGUGGAAUUUCAAUGACCGAAAUGUGGAUUGGAUCAAUCAACUUCUCAAAAGGAUUGACAAAAAUAGAACUGAUCCAUGUCGGUACCAUGGGAAGGAAUGGAAAACAGCUAUUGAUGUUCAUCCAGGGUUCAUGUUUGUAGAACAGAAAAUAACACAAGGACAGGUUUUCAAGGGCGAUGUGGAGUUUAUGCUUCGACACUGUUCAACGCAUAGCGGAUUACAAAAACUUGAGGAAAAGGAUAAAGAAACGGAAUUAGAUGAAAUCCGUAAAAUUUUAACAACACAUCCGGAAAUUAAAGGGAAAGACAUCAUAGAAUUUCCGUUUUUUACAGAUAUAUAUUUAUACAGAAAAGUUGCCAAGAAAUAGACAGAGGCUGAAACCUUCGGCGGAAAUCGUAGCCUGGAGAUAAUACAAAAGCUCAUAUUAGGAAUGAUAGGUUUAAAUCCAUAAAUAAACUAUUUAUAUUACCGCAUCAUCAUUGUACUUCAUUGAGAAUAUAAGCCUCUGUUACCGAGUGGUCUAGGUAGACGAACAAUUAUUUCACAACCUGUCAACAUUGAGAUUGUGAGUUUAAAUCCCACACGUGGCAGGUGUGCUCGACUUCAGUCUAAAAAAAAUUGUAAAGUCAGUUUUCUACUAAAGAUAAGUGAUUCUUUUCCAGCACUCAGGGAUCCUCCUCCAUAACAAACUG